GGUCGCGGGCCCCUGCGGUCCCGGAACUUCCAGCUCUGCGUCCCGCCCCCUCCCCAUGCCCUGUCCCCCUUUCCGGCCGGCGCAGACCCUCUUCUGCCGUUGAGUUGCGCUUCACUUUGGCCGGGCGUUGCUGAGCGCGCUGCCCGCAAAGCCGCGGGCCCCUGAGGUGGUGAUGCUUUACCGGUUGCUGUCGAUCAUCCAAAGACAAAGAACUAGCCCAGGAUGGCAGGGUUGGUCAUCAGCGAGAAGCAGCACAUCCGCUGCGGAGGCACAUUCUAUAGCUCUGCCUGCCCAGGCCCAGGUGGUCAUCUGUGGGGGUGGAAUCAUGGGUACAUCCGUGGCCUAUCACCUCUCCAGAAUGGGAUGGCAAGAUAUUGUCCUUUUGGAACAGGGCAGGCUGGCUGCUGGCUCAACAAGGUUCUGUGCUGGCAUCCUGAGCACUGCUAGGCAUUCAAGCAUUGAACAGAAGAUGGCCGACUAUUCAAACAAACUCUACCAUCAGUUAGAGCAAGAAACAGGGAUCCAAACAGGUUACUUAAGGACAGGCUCAAUCUCUCUGGCCCAAACUCAGGACCGGUUGAUCUCUCUAAAGCGUAUCAACUCAAGGCUGAAUGUGAUAGGUAUCCCUUCUGAGAUCAUCUCCCCGAAGAAAGUGGCUGAACUUCACCCUCUCCUCAAUGUGCACGAUCUGGUGGGCGCCAUGCAUGUUCCUGAGGAUGCAGUAGUGUCCUCUGCUGAUGUGGCUCUUGCCCUGGCAAGUGCUGCCUCACAGAAUGGUGUUCAGAUUUAUGACCGGACAAGUGUUCUUCAUGUGCUGAUCAAAAAAGGUCAAGUUACUGGUGUGGAGACAGAUAAAGGACAGAUUGAAUGUCAGUAUUUUGUCAACUGUGCAGGUCAGUGGGCGUACGAGCUGGGUCUGUCCAACGAGGAGCCUGUUAGUAUCCCGUUACAUGCCUGUGAACACUUCUACCUUCUGACUCGGCCCUGGGACACCCCUCUGCAGAGCAACACACCAACCAUUGUGGAUGCGGAUGGAAGGAUUUACAUUAGGAACUGGCAGGGUGGCAUCCUGUCUGGCGGCUUUGAGAAGAAUCCAAAGCCUAUUUUCACUGAAGGCAAGAACCAGUUGGAGAUUCAGAACCUCCGGGAAGAUUGGGAUCACUUCGAGCCCCUGUUGAGUUCCCUCCUGCGUAGGAUGCCAGUGUUGGAGACUCUGGAGAUUUUGAAGUUGGUGAAUUGCCCUGAGACCUUCACACCAGACAUGAAGUGCAUCAUGGGCGAGUCUCCUGUAGUACAGGGCUACUUUGUCCUGGCAGGGAUGAACUCUGCUGGCCUGUCGUUGGGUGGAGGAGCUGGAAAGUUCCUUGCUGAGUGGAUGGUAUAUGGCUAUCCCUCUGAAAAUGUCUGGGAACUGGACUUGCAGCGCUUUGGAGCCCUCCAGAGCAGCCGCACCUUUCUGCGCCACCGGGUCAUGGAAGUCAUGCCUCUGAUGUAUGACCUGAAGGUUCCCCGUUGGGACUUCCAGACUGGGAGGCAGUUACGUACAUCUCCUCUUUAUGAUCGGCUGGAUGCUCAGGGAGCCAGGUGGAUGGAGAAACAUGGAUUUGAGAGGCCAAAGUAUUUUGUUCCACCCAACAAGGACCUUCUUGCAUUGGAACAGAGCAAGACUUUCUACAAGCCAGAUUGGUUUGAUAUUGUGGAGUCUGAAGUCAAAUGCUGUAAGGAAGCUGUGUGUGUCAUUGACAUGUCUUCUUUCACAAAAUUUGAAAUAACUUCCACUGGGGAUCAGGCAUUAGAAAGUCUGCAGUAUCUUUUCUCCAAUGACCUCGAUGUGCCUGUAGGUCACAUUGUUCAUACUGGUAUGCUCAAUGAAUGUGGAGGGUAUGAAAAUGACUGCAGCAUUGCACGCCUAACCAAACGCAGUUUCUUCAUGAUCUCUCCAACUGACCAGCAGGUCCACUGUUGGGCCUGGCUUAACAAAUACAUGCCAAAAGAUAGCAGCUUGCUGCUGGAGGAUGUCACCUGGAAAUACACAGCCCUCAAUCUGAUUGGUCCUCGGGCUGUGGAUGUGCUGUCUGAGUUGUCCUAUGCCCCUAUGACUCCAGACCACUUUCCAACUCUCUUUUGCAAGGAGAUGAGUGUGGGUUAUGCAAAUGGGAUCCGGGUGAUGAGUAUGACUCACACAGGGGAGCCGGGAUUCAUGCUGUAUAUCCCCAUAGAGUAUGCUCUGCAUGUCUACAAUGAGGUGAUGAGUGUUGGACAGAAAUAUGGAAUCCGGAAUGCUGGGUAUUAUGCUCUUCGAAGUCUCCGAAUUGAGAAAUUUUUUGCCUUUUGGGGUCAGGACUUAAACACCCUGACCACGCCCCUGGAAUGUGGAGGAGAGUCUCGAGUGAAGUUAGAGAAGGGCAUAGAUUUCAUUGGUCGGGAUGCCCUGCUGCAGCAGAAGCAGAAUGGGGUGUAUAAACGCCUUGCUAUGUUCAUCCUGGAUGACCACGACACAGACCUGGACCUGUGGCCUUGGUGGGGAGAACCCAUCUAUCGGAAUGGGAAGUAUGCUGGCAAGACCACCAGUAGUGCCUAUAGCUACACUCUUGAGCGCCAUGUAUGCCUGGGUUAUGUACACAAUUUUUCUGAGGACAAUGGGGAGGAGCAGGUAGUGACAACGGAUUUCAUCAACCGAGGAGAAUAUGAAAUUGACAUUGCAGGACAUCGGUUUCAGGCUAAGGCCAAGCUCUACCCUGUCACCUCCUUUUUCACUCACAAGCGUAGAAAGGAUGAUGUGGAGCUGAGUGACUUUCAUGGGAAGUAAUGCCAAGACAUUCUUUCUUACUCCUUUUGUCUCACCAUGAGGAGCAUCGUUCUGGGAGCUGAUUUUUUCCCUCUUGUCUCCUUACAGAAGGUAUCUUUGUCCUCUCUCCUAACUUUUCAAUUUGACAGAGUUUAAACUCUAUCCUCAAGCCUUGCUUGUCCUCCCAUUUUCUUUCAUUUGCUGUUACCCCUCCUAACAAUCCAGGCUCUUCUCAUCCCUCCAGCAGGCUCACAUUCCCACAGUGGAAGGCAGAGGCCACUUGUGGAGUCGGUUAAGGUGACAGGCUGAUUGUUAAGCUCAUAGUAAGGUAUAUAG